UAUCGCUGUCUGUACUGCUGUUGUUACACGGACGUAUUUGACAGUCGGACCAGCGAACAACGAGCAGCGAUGGCUAAAAGUGAUGGAAGUGAUUAUUUUAAAAGAACCAGCCUUUUUUGGAUCGUCUCCAUACUGUUCGGUCUGGGGUAUUUCACUUGCAUUGUGUUUGCGCCUGAAAAAAUCCCAUACCAUCACCUCGGCCCGUUUGGGACCUUCUGCAAAUACCUUGUGAACAACCAUGCUAGCAUUUUGUACAAAGGGUGGUGGGCUACAGUGGCUAUCCAUGUUAUUGAAGCCCUGGUCGCCUUAAAACUCUGCAGCAAUAAAGGCAUCAACAUGUCUACCAGCUCCUGCUGGUUCUUGCAGACCUUUAUAUUCGGCUUCGCUUCUCUCGGUCUACUGAUCAAAUACAACCCAGAGCGCCCCAAACUGCACUGAAGACGACGUCAAGAGCAACCGAUAACAAUGCGUUUAAAAUAGUGCUUUUACUUUAUUAAUGAAGUGUUGAUGCUGUGAUGACUUGGAGUUUAGACUUUAUCUUUACAUCGUUAGAGUGACUAUUCUAUACCGUAUAGUUAAAUAAUUAGUCAUACUUACAUCAGGGAGAUAAAUAUUGUGCUGAAAAUGUUCUUCGUGUUUUCAUACUUUCAUAAUAUUUACAUGCUAUUUGGAUUGAAGGGUCAUAAAACUCAAAAAUAAAACUUACAGCAAGUAACACUGGGAGUUUUUCAUUCUUAAUGUAUUACUCGGAAACAUUUUAGUACAAGGACAACGACGGAUGGGCGAUGUUAGCAUCAGUGCUAAUUAGCAACAAGCAGAAAUACAUACACUUUGGAUGGUAUACUUUAGAAAACCAGUAGAAAUUUAAAUCCCGAGGUACUUUCAUUAGAGUACAGCAUUUUCUUGUAUUAACAAACUCAUGUCAGUCAAGUCGCCGUUUGCAUUAUUUUUAGUAUAAACAAUGGAACCUUGGUUAGCGUCAUGAAUCCAUUCCACGAGGUCUGACUCUAACCAAAAUGUACGCGAUUCCCAUUAAAAAAUACGAAUCUAAUUAAUCUGUUCCAAACAGCCAAAUAUAGUAACGCAAUACGCUUAAAUCAACUAAGUAUAAAUGCAGAAAACAUGUCAAAAUACAUAGAAAUAUAGUAUGAAUGAAAGUGAUAAUGAGCAUCAACUCCUGAUGACAUCAUAAAUCGGCGACACUGCUGACUUCCUGUUUUGGUUUCCAUUUUGUUAGCAAGAACACAGUUUGCUUACACAGUGUAUUCAU